GUCCAAGAAAGGAAUAUAAGAGCGAUUUGCGUACGCAGCCUAAAUGCGCGUGGACGGUGCAGCUGAUUGCUCGAGUCAACAGCUGGGUGGCGAUUUACGUAAUAUCAGAGUGGACAGAACCAGCUAUCGGUCUGGAUAAUCUCCAUUGCCAAAUCAUUUCUGAACUUCUACCCACUUCUCGAUUACCCCAAAAACUAGUCACCAAGUACUGCCUCAGGUACUGUCUUCUCUAUUUCAUUACACGAUACUACAAGUGUUAAUUUCAUUUUAGAAUCAAAGUAGACGACGAAGAGAAGAAAUCUCAUUCUCCAACUAAUUAAAUCUUCUCCAGCGAUUUCUCGGACUGGAUGGUAAUUUUGGUUGAAAUUCUGAGGCCAGUGUAUAAAAUUCCUCAAUGGGUCAUGAAUUUCCAUCUGUCUGUCAUGGCAUAACCAGGAGAUUACUUUUGCUUUCAGGAAUGAUAUUUUCUUUGAUUUUAAUCUUCCAAUAUCUUGAACUCCCGUAUGAUAAUGUUUUUUCUUCUCUAUUUUCGGCUGCUAAGGUUCCAGUAGCAGAAAACGCAACUGGUCCCUUAGCUAAAUCUGGGAUGGUCAGUGAUGUGACUCAUUCAAAUGGCCUGAUUUCCAGGAUACAUCUCAAAUACACGAGUUUGCUAAUAAUAAUACUGUGACCACCGAAGCAGAGGAGAUAGAUCCAAAUUAUGAUUUUGUAUCAGAAAAUGAUGAUAGAGGUGACGACCCUGCUGAGGUGUCUAAUACAGAGAAACUGGAGUGGGUAAAUAAGAACUCCACAUUGCAGAUUGUCCAGAAUGCAGAUAAUGGGCCUCUACCGGUGGAGGCCAGAAACUCAGAACAUGGCUUUGCUCAAAAAGAUGAAACAGUGGGUGGUAAUUUUUCAAAUUAUAUCAAUGAGAAAGAAAAUAAUACUUUGGCAUCAGGGUAUAAUGAGAGUUCAGGUGGGGGUGUUCCUUUCCCUUUUCCUGUCCCUCAACCAAUGGAGUUUUUUCCCAACAAAACCCUGCCAAAAAAAAGUUUUGAAACUCCUGUUGGACUGGUUUAUUCCAACAAAUCUUCAAAGGAUAAAGAUACAACAUCCAUUUUUCACAAGAAUGAAAAUUCAGGACAACUGCAGAGUGAUUUCUCUAAUUUAAACAAGAAUCAUUCAGCGACCUUUGUUCCCAUGGAAGACAAAGAGCCAGAUAUUACAACUUCUGCAGUGAUCUCCAUAGCUGAGAUGAAUGAUUUGUUGCAUAAGAGUCAUGGUUCAUAUCGUUCAAUGACACCAAGAUGGUCUUCAGCUGUUGACCAAGAGCUCCUAUAUGUAAGAGCACAAAUUGAAAAUGCACCCAUGCUUGAGAAUGAUAAUGAACUUUAUUCUCCUCUUUAUCGAAAUGUUUCAAUGUUCAAAAGGAGCUAUGAGUUAAUGGAACAGAAACUCAAAGUAUAUGUUUACAAAGAAGGACAAAAGCCCAUAUUCCAUGAGCCAGUACUCAAGGGAAUAUAUGCUUCUGAGGGAUGGUUCAUGAAGCUGCUGCAAGCUAACAAAAUAAUUGUUACUAAAGACCCUAGAAAAGCUCAACUGUUUUACUUGCCAUUCAGUUCUCGAAUGUUAGAAGAAACCCUAUAUGUUCAAAAUUCUCAUAGUCAUGAAAAUCUUAUACAACAUUUGAAGAACUACUUGGACUUCAUUGCAGCUAAGCAUCGUUUCUGGAAUAGAACUGAUGGAGCAGACCAUUUUCUUGUUGCUUGCCAUGACUGGGCCCCAUCUGAGACAAAACGAAAUAUGGCGAAGUGUAUCAGAGCCCUUUGCAAUGCUGAUAUUAAAGAAGGUUUUGUCUUUGGCAAGGAUGUCUCUCUUCCUGAGACAUAUGUGCGCUCUCCUAAGAACCCGCUUAGGACAGUUGGAGGCAAACCUCCUUCGAAGAGGUCAAUCCUGGCUUUCUUUGCAGGGAGCAUGCAUGGAUAUUUACGACCCAUUCUGUUGCAGCACUGGGAAAAUAAAGAUCCUGACAUGAAAAUCUUUGGUGUAUUGCCUAAGGUGAAGGGGAAAAUGAACUACAUUCAGUAUAUGAAAAGCAGCAAGUACUGUAUUUGUGCAAAAGGUUAUGAAGUCAAUAGUCCACGGGUAGUGGAGGCCAUUUUCUACGAAUGUGUUCCAGUGAUCAUAUCUGACAAUUUUGUUCCUCCAUUUUUUGAGAUUUUGAACUGGGAAUCCUUUGCUGUUUUUGUCUUGGAGAAGGAUAUUCCAAAUUUGAAAAAUAUACUGCUUUCAAUCCCGGAGAAGAGAUACCGAGAGAUGCAUAUGAGGGUGAAGAAGGUACAACAACAUUUUCUCUGGCAUCCUAGGCCUGUAAAGUAUGAUAUAUUUCAUAUGAUUCUCCACUCAGUUUGGUACAACAGGGUUUUUCUAGCAAGAACCAGAUAAGCAAGCAACAUUGCAAUUGUGCAGAUACAUAUCGGUUGUACUUGUAGAGGUAAAAGUCGGAAAAGAAAAUGAAUUAGGAAAAUUUUCCGGGGUUAUGGCAUUCAUUACAUUAUUUGUUGUACAUAGACUUUGAUCGAAUCAAGUUGUUCUUGUCGUGUAUGCUUAUUUCUUUCUCUUGUAGAAACCUUUCUAUUUUCCUAAUAAAAGAACAUUAUUAUGGGAACAAAA